AUGAAAUUCUUAAUCGAUACGGGGGCUGGGGCCUCGGUGGUAAAUACUCGGAUGACAACCGUAGGGAAAAAAGCCAUGACUGUGCAGGGAGUGGGGGGCGAAGUCGGGCAGCGCCCAUUUCUAAAUCCAAUGCGCUGCAAAGUGGGAGGAAAGAAUAUAGUUCAUGAAUUUUUGUACAUACCUGAGUGCCCAAUGCCCCUUAUGGGCAGAGAUAUGUUAACCAAAUUGGGCGCAAUAAUUAGUUUUUCUCUGCAUGGGUCAACCCUUCAAAUGGCCCAUGACCCAGAAAAAGCGUGGAGACUUAUGUGUCUGAGGGAAAAGCAGAUAGAUGACAAGUGGCAGGAGUUCCAAGUCCCAGGGCUGUGGGCUGAAGAUAACCCCCCUGGGUUAGCCCAGUACCAGGCACCACUGAUAAUCCCAACAAAGUGGAACCAUCAGCUGGUACAGGUUCAACGGCGAUAUUAUACCCGAGGAGCUGUUCAGUCAAUCCAGGCUUUAAUUGCUACAUACCUAGAAGCAGGGAUUCUGGUCCUGACAACCUCAUCUUGGAAUACAGCAAUCUUACCCGUUCAAAAGCCUGACGGGUCAUAUCGCCCCGUGCAAGAUUUGAGGCCUGUCAACGAGACCACAGAGACAAUCCACCCGGUAGUUCCGAAUCCAUACACCCUAUUAAGUACCAUACCUGCCUCUGCUACAUACUUCUCAGUGAUUGACUUGAAGGAUGCGUUUUUCACAAUCCCAAUACACACCAAGAGCCAACCCCUUUUUGCCUUUGAGUAGGAAGACCCAACGUCAGGGAGAAGGAGACAAUACACGUGGACCCGGCUGGCCCAGGGUUUUAAGAACUCACCCACCCUAUUUGGGGCCGUGCUGGGAGAAGACCUUAAAUACUUUCAUCCGGUGCGGCGUGAUGAUGUCCUGCUCCAAUAUGUUGAUGGCGUAUUAGUGACUGGAAGGACAGAGGGGGAUUGCUGGGAAAACACCCGUAGGCUACUGGAGUUAUUGGUGGAUGCCGGCUACCGAGCAUCAAAGAAAAAGGCUCAAUUAGUACAGCAGGAGGUUAAGUAUUUAGGCUACCACCUAGCCCAAGGAAAACGAACCCUUGGACGGGAGAGAAAGGAGGUGGUGGCCAGGAGUCCUGAACCCACAAACAGACGAGAACUGAGGGGAUUCUUAGGGCUUGCGGGGUAUUGUCGUUUGUGGAUCACCAAUUUUGCAAUAAUAGCAGCCCCACUAUACCAAUCUACCUGAGGAGGUGACCGAGACUCUUUCAUUUGGGAAAGUCCACAGCAGGAAGCCUUUCUGGUGCUAAAAACCGCUCUGCUGGAUGCCCCCGCGUUGGGACUGCCCGAUUUGAAAAAACCAUUCUUCCUGUUUGUUGACACUAGACAGAACAUUGCCUUAGGAGUCCUAACCCAACAGAUCGCCUCAUGGCACCGCCCAGUGGCUUACUUAUCCAAACAAUUGGACGGACCAGCCAAGGGGUGGCCGCAGUGCAUGAAAGUGGUGGCCGUCAUAGCCUUACUAGCUAAAGAGGCAUCUAAACUCACUUUUGCUGCUGACCUCAUCAUCCAGACGCCCCACGCGGUCCGGACUAUGCUGGAAAAUAAGGGGCACCUGUGGCUCAGCAACCAAAGGCUAUACCAAUACCAAGCAAUGCUAAUUGAUAACCUGCACCUCCGUUUGGAAGUGUCUGAGAAUUUGAACCCUGCUACCCUGCUUCCUCUUCCUGGCGACUGCGUUAAUCAUGAUUGUUUGCAACUACUAGAGGCCCAAUAUUCGUGUCUCCCAGAUUUGAAGGACACUCCGCUUAAAGAAGCAAAGUACAACUGGUACACAGAUGGCUCGAGCUUUAUGACAGAGGGGCAAAGGGUCGCAGGAUAUGCAGUAGUGGACCAGGUGCAGGUUGUGGAGGUGGGACCCUUGCCGACUGGGGCAAGUGCCCAGGUAGCCGAGCUGUGGGCCCUAAAACGAGGUUUGCAGUUAGCUGAGGAAGAAACUGUGAACAUAUGGACAGAUAGCAAUGGCGGUGAUGCACUGCAGAGGUCACCAGAAAGGCAUGACCCAGUAGCAGUAGGAAAUUGCCUGGCGGACCAGGAAGCCCGGAAAGCCGCAACUAAGGAGGGACCCACCCCAGAUGUCUCAAUUAACUUGGCUCUGGGAUAUCCGGUCAACCCCUUGAGAUAUGACCCAGUCUAUACCCAAACUGAAAGUGCCAAAGCACAAAACGACCUAUGCUGUACCUAUCAGAGUGGGUGGUAUGUCCUGCCCGAUGGACGAGCGUAUGUCCCACAAUCUGUCAGUUGGACUCUAGUUAAGAAUACUCACCUUCAAUCUCACAUGGGGAAAACGGCGCUAGCUCAGUUCAUCUUGAAGGAAUGUUAUAUCGACAACAUACACGCGUACACCUCUCGGGCUGCCCAGCAGUGCUCUGUUUGUGCUCGAGUCAACCCCAGACAAGGGCCAACCCUACCACAGGGAGAGCAACCCAUUGGAUAUAUACCCAUGGAUUCUAUCACCAUGGACUUCACCAAUCUCCCUAAGGCAGGGACAUAUAGGGCCCUGUUGGUGUUGGUUGACUCCUAUUCGGGUUCCAGAGCUUUUCCAGUUCGGACUAAGCAAGCUAAAGAAGUAAUAAGAGUUCUGUUAAAACAUAUAAUUCCCCAUUUCGGGGUACCUUCUAACAUAGCCUCAGAUAAUGGGCCAGAAUUUACAAAUAAAAUCAGCCAGGGGGUCAGCCGGCUCAUAGGUAUAAAUUGGAAGUUGCAUUGCUAAUUUCACCCGAAGUCGGUGGGACGGGUGGAACAAAUGAACCGAACGAUUAAGACCCAGCUCACAAAGGUGUGUAUGGAGACCAAGCUCAAGUGGCCCAAUGUCCUUCCUAUGGUUCUGUUCAAUAUUCGGGUCACUCCACGACAGAGAACUGGACUCUCCCCCUAUGAGCUGAUGUUCGGCAGACCCCCGGUGGUCCUGAAAAAAGAGCUCAUGGGAUACCCAAACUUAACUCAUAAGGGAACCAUAGGGAACCACGAAAUAAUCCAGCAAAUGCAAGUUCUUAAUAGGACGGUGAACCGGCUCCAUCAGUACGUGAUCGAGCAGGUCCCUCCCCCACUGAAUACUAUAUGCCAUGAGUUUCAGCCAGGAGAUCAGGUGUGGGUUAAACAUUGGAAAUACUCUAACUUGACCCCCCAGUGGAAGGGGCCCCAUACUGUCAUUAUGUCCUCUCCUCUUGCAGUCAAAGUACACGGAGGGAAAAGUUGGAUACACUGGACCUGUUUAAAGAGGGCGGCUUCCAAGGACCAAGGGAAGUGGCAUGUGUGCCCGACGGCCAAUCCUCUCCGGAUUAAACUCUUUAAAAACUCGCCACCAGGAACCGAGAGAGCUUCAUCGCGUCCCACUGCUGGGUCACCCCCAGAAGCUGACUCUCUACGCACUGGAAAGGAUGUGGAUAAUCGUCACUCUGCCCAGUGUAAAGGAAACAUGAGAGUGGGAGAAUCAAGUACAAUAUGCGAUCAUGUGGGAGGGAUACUGCGAAAGGGAAUGUGUUCAGAAAAUCUUUGGGCUAAAGCACAGAGAGACCCACCGUUAAAUCCUAACCUUCAGCUAGAUUGUGGAAAACCCCUCAUAUCCCAGGCGGAGGUAACAGCAGUGGAUGACUUAAAAGAAGGGUGGAAAGGAACAUGCCAGGUUACUCUCCUCAUGGACACUCCCCCCAGAGAUAACCGGACAGCCCGGGACAGUGAACGGGCAUUAAGGAAAAUUGCCCUUCUGGCGUAUCUCACUGAUCCUGAGAAUGCUUCCCUCCCUUGGACAGCCCCUGAUGGGUUCUAUUGGAUUUGUGGCAAAUAUGCCUAUGCGCAACUACUGCCUAAAUGGUGUGGAGCAUGUGUUAUGGGAAUAAUUAGGCCAGGUUUCUUUUUGUUACCACUGAAACAACGACAGGUUCUGGGGGUCCCAGUGUAUGACGAGCUCGGAAAUACACGAAAAAGAAGGGCUGUCCCUAGCAUUGGUAAAUGGAAUAAUGAUGAGUGGCCCCUAGAAAGAAUAGUUCAGGUAUAUGGACCAGCAACUUGGGCGGAAGAUGGAAUGUAUGGUUAUCGCACCCCUAUAUACUUGCUUAAUUGCUUAAUACGCUUGCAGGCAGUUUUGGAAAUGAUUACUAAUGAAACCGUUAAAAGCUUGAUGCAGCUAGCACAGGAGAGUGUGAAAUCACGAACCUAUAUAAUGCAAAAUCGCUUAGCGCUAGACUAUCAGCAAAAGGAGGAGUGUGUGGAAAAUUUAAUCUGUCAAAUUGUUGCAUUGAAAUAG